AUGUGUAGCGGCGUGCAAUCAGUUCAAUGCUCCGAUGAUGAAGAAAGGCUUAUGGUUGAUGUAUUUCGCGGCUACAACUCUCUAAUUCAGCCGGUUCGCAACAACUCCGAACUUCCGCUUAUCGUCAAAAUGGCUCUUCAAUUGGUUCUGCUCAUCAAUGUCGACGAGAAGGAUCAAGUAAUGCACACCAACGUUUGGCUCACAUUGCAGUGGCAUGAUUUCCAAAUGAAAUGGAAUCCGGUGAAUUACGGAGAAAUCAAGCAAAUUCGAGUGUCUCCUGAUAAGGUCUGGCUGCCGGACAUCGUUCUUUUCAACAACGCCGACGGAAAUUUCGAGGUCUCUUUCAUGUGCAAUGUGGUCAUCAAUCAUAAAGGAGAUAUGCUUUGGGUUCCGCCGGCCAUUUAUAAAAGCAGUUGUAUUAUAGAUGUUGAAUAUUUCCCAUUCGACGAACAAAUAUGCACAUUAGUUUUCGGCAGUUGGACGUACAACAAAAACGAGAUCAAAAUGGAUAUCGAGAAGGCGAAACUAGUCGAUUUGUCUGAAUAUUCAGCGAGUUCAAUUUGGGAUAUCAUCGAUGCUCCAGCCUACCUCGUGAAAGAGCGAUCCAAAAUCGAAUUUCAAGUCAAAAUUCGCCGCAAGACCCUUUUCUAUACUGUCGUUCUGAUCAUUCCAACUGUUUUGAUGGCAUUUUUGAGUAUGGCAGUAUUCUUUUUGCCAACAGAUUCAGGUGAAAAGAUAACUCUUACAAUUUCUGUUCUUCUUUCAAUUGUCGUUUUCUUAUUAUUAGUUUCAAAAAUUUUGCCCCCAACUUCAAUAACUAUUCCCUUAAUGGCCAAGUACCUUUUGCUCACAUUCGUGCUCAAUGUCAUCACUAUUCUGGUUACUGUCAUUAUCAUCAAUGUGUAUUUUCGUGGUCCAAGAACACAUCGAAUGCCGAAAUGGGUCCGGCUCGCUUUUCUACAGUAUCUACCAAAAUUGGUGUGUAUGAAGCGACCGAAGUCAAUCGCAGAACGCAGUGCGGUCCGUCGUGCUAUGGCUCAACUACCAGGAGUUGGCCAAUUCGCUCUUAGCCCAUCUGCCCAUCAUCCACUUUGUCCAGUGGCCGAUGAUCGAAACAUCGCUGACGAUAGUCUGCUCGAUGCGAAAACCUCGACAUUCUAUCCAUUAUCAACUAGUGCAAUUCGUGCAUUGGAAGCUAUCGAGUAUAUCACAGAACAUCUCAAGAAAGAUGAGCAGCACAAAUCGUAUCGUGAUGAUUGGAAAUAUGUAGCCAUGAUCAUUGAUCGCCUUCUUCUGUAUAUAUUCUUCGGGAUCACAGUCGGAGGCACCUGUGGUAUUCUCUUCUCAGCUCCAUAUGUUUUUGAAGGCGUCAAUCAGCAGGAAGUGCUCGAUCUUCUUCGCGAUAAAUUCGAUAAUAAUCAAAAAGCGCCCUAA